CCACCUUUCCCAAAACCCUAGCCACACUUCACUCUUCAUCACAUUCCGGCGAGCUCCUUCGUCCACCGACGUCGACAAGAGCGACCAUGUCAGAGGUUGAGCUCAUCCGUUCUGAUAAGAAGAAAAAGAAGAGCAAGUCGAAAGAUACCGAGGCCGCCAAUGAAAUACCAGAUAGUGCCACCGCAGCCGCCGAUUACCUGAUCAAGCCACAGAGCUUCACACCACCUAUUGAUACAUCUGAAUGGCCGAUUCUUCUUAAGAACUACGACCGACUGAAUGUACGAACGGGCCACUACACUCCUCUUCCAUCCGGUUACUCCCCUCUGAAGCGCCCUCUGGCUGAAUACAUCAGGUAUGGUGUUAUUAACCUCGAUAAACCUGCUAACCCUAGUUCCCAUGAGGUUGUAGCUUGGAUUAAACGGAUCCUCCGGGUCGAGAAAACGGGCCACAGCGGUACGCUCGAUCCGAAAGUCACUGGAAAUUUAAUUGUCUGCAUUGAUAGAGCCACACGUUUAGUUAAAUCUCAACAGGGUGCUGGAAAAGAGUAUGUUUGUGUAGCUCGUCUCCAUUCUGCCGUGCCUGAUGUUGCGAAAGUGGCUCGGGCACUGGAGACAUUGACGGGGGCCGUUUUUCAAAGGCCUCCUUUGAUUUCUGCUGUUAAGAGGCAGCUUCGAAUUAGGACUAUUUAUGAGAGUAAGCUGUUGGAGUAUGAUGCUGAGAAGCAUUUGGUUGUGUUUUGGAUUUCUUGUGAGGCUGGUACCUAUGUAAGGACUCUGUGUGUUCAUUUGGGAUUAAUUUUAGGUGUUGGUGGGCAUAUGCAGGAGUUGAGGAGGGUUAGAUCUGGGAUUAUGGGUGAGAAAGAUAACAUGAUAACUAUGCAUGAUGUUAUGGAUGCACAAUGGGUUUAUGAUAAUUACAGGGAUGAGACGUAUCUUAGACGGGUGAUUAUGCCAUUGGAGGUGUUGUUAACUAGUUAUAAGAGGUUAGUGGUGAAGGAUUCUGCUGUUAAUGCUAUCUGUUAUGGUGCUAAGUUGAUGAUUCCAGGGUUAUUGAGGUUUGAAAAUGAUAUCGAGAAUGGAGAGGAAGUGGUGUUGAUGACUACAAAGGGGGAGGCAAUAGCUUUAGGUAUAGCAGAGAUGACUACUGCUGUGAUGGCCACUUGUGAUCAUGGGGUUGUGGCGAAGAUCAAGAGGGUGGUGAUGGACCGAGAUACUUACCCAAGGAAAUGGGGGUUGGGUCCCACAGCUUCGAUGAAGAAGAAGCUGAUUACCGAAGGGAAGUUGAGCAAGCAUGGAAAACCGAAUGACAAAACUCCAUCUGAGUGGAUGAGGAAUGUUGUUCUUCCUACAGGUGGGGAUUCAAUGGUUGCCAGUCUUGCUGCUGCUCCUGCAACCGAGCAAACUGUGGAAGUUACUGAGACUUUGAAAGUUAUUGAGACUGUGAAAGUUGACAGUGAGAAGAAAAAGAAGAAGAAACACAAGGAUAAUGAAGAUGGUGAUGAAGGGCGUAAAAGGAAAUUGGAAGAUGCCGAUGUUGCAGAUACACCAAUAGCUUCCAAGAAAAAGAAGGCUGGAACUGAAGCAGAAGAGACUCCUAAAGCGAAGGACAAGGAUGGGGAAGAGGUGGAAGGUGAUACUACAGAGAAGAAGAAGAAAAAGAAGAAGAAAGAGGGUGAUGGAGCUGUUAGCAAGCAUGAGAAUGGAGAUGAUGAUAAAUCUGAAAAGAAGAAGAAGAAAAAGAAGAAGAAAGAGGGUGAUGGAGCUGUUAGCAAGCAUGAGAAUGGAGAUGAUGAUAAAUCUGAAAAGAAGAAGAAGAAAAAGAAGGAUAAAGAUGCCGAAAAUGGUGAUGCCCCUUCUACUCCCUUAGCUGCUGCAAGUGAUGAUGAUGCAAGCAAAAGCGAAAAGAAAAAGGAGAGGAAGAAAAAGAAGAAGAAGGAUGCUGAAGAAGAGUAGAUAUAAGAUGGCUGCAAGAAUCCCAAAUGGAACUUUGAAGCACUUGAACUCAUUGCCUUUCAUGAGAUAGCCAAUUUUUGGUAUCCUUUGCCUAUUAGAGUUGAAUUCUGAGCUCUUUACCUGUUGUUUUUUCCCAUUAAUUGCUAUGUAUCUUUUAGAUGUUUUUAUG